AUGAACCCCCCCUAUCUGGCAGUCGACGCGGCGUCCGCUCCGCCGGGCAAGUCCAGCAUACCAUGCCUGGUCUGCCGCUCAAGGAAGGUCCGUUGUGACAAGACACUGCCAGAGUGUCGCAAUUGCGAGCGCUUGGGUGUCAAGUGUCCGCGGUACAAUGUAGACACGCAGACCAUCUCCCGCAGCGAGAUCAACAAGUCGGCAGAGGACAUCUUCAAAGCCGCAGGCGUGGAGAAGCGACGGGUGGGCUCGUGUGAGGAAUGUCAGCAUACAGCGACCCAAAGCACGACCCCCUAUGAGACAAGUUAUGCGGUGCCCCGAGGGCAAGGCAUCGGGUGGGACCAGAGACUAUACACUGAGACGUUGCCUGAUGAUCGCACACUGCGCACCGAGUUGGUCGAAACCUUUUUCGAUCGUUCGCAUUCUCUGAGAUGCCUGGGCUUCCUCCACCGAGAGACAUUUCUGCACUCUCUGGAGCGGGAGAGCGUCGUGCAAGACUACGGUCAGCCCCUUUUGUAUGCCAUACACCUUCACUUUGACAGCAUCGCCGCUGGACACCCUGUGGCAGCUGAGUCGCAAGGCGUACCAGGGGCACUUUGGGCCGAACGAGCCCGCAGGGAGGUUCUCAUGGAUGUGGCCUCGCCCAGCGUCAAUCAUAUCAUGGCAAUGGUGCUGUUAUGUGAUUACGGGGUGCGCUCGGACCAAAACUCCAUGGUCUUCAUCCUCGUUGCCUUCCUCUACCGUGUCAUCCGUCUGCACGGGUUGGAUAGUUUUAAUGUCCAUGAAACCCUGCAAGACUAUGAGGCUGCCCGCCAGAGGGAGGUCGAGACUCGACUCGUGUGGGCUUGCUACUUCAUUGACCUUUUCACCGCGACGGGCGUCGAGAAGAACGCAUGCUGGCAUGGAGAACCGACCCUUCCACUGCCCAUCUUAGACCGUACCCAUGUCACCCACUACGUCCAAGCCCGGCAUACCCUCAAGUCCAUCGAUGCCAACGGGGUGCACGCGGCUCUGAAUGACCUGGACUUGUCCGGCAUUCUGGUUCUUGUGGUCCGGUUGCGCCGCACCACCCUCCGCCUCAUCCGCACACACGCUCAAGACCUGGACACGCCCAUCUGGGAUCCCGCGUCGCCCUUUUUACAGAACAUACAGAGACUCGACGAGAUAUACCAAAACCUGCCCCCGCGGUACCAGCUAACCGACGCCAUUAUACCUAUCCUCAGAGAGCGACGUAUACUCGGCGGCGUCUUCCUUCUGCACUUUAUGCUGCAUGCCGUGGCAUCUGACUUGACGAGGAUAUCUCUCCCCGGCUUCAACUUCCCUCUGGCGCCCAUCUUCAACUCGGCCACCUCCCACUUCCGCUCGCACUGCCAGGAACGCUGUAGGCAUCAUGCGCGGCAGACGACGAACCUCGUCCGGCAAGGCCUGAGUAUUGGUCGCGGCGCCUUUGACGAUAUUUACGCCGCGGAUGCCGCCCUCGAAGCCGCCAAGAUUCAAAUCAUCUAUGCUGCUACCGUGAACCAGUCGCCCGAGGUCAUCCAGGAGACACGUGACAAUCUCACAAAUGUGCUGUACUUUUACGACCUGUUCCACAAGGGCAAGAGUGGGACGAGUCAAUAUAUCCGAACGGUGAUGCCGCUUUGCUUUCUCUUCGGGUUCCGCGACGUCGCUGAACCAUACCGACGCCGAGGAUACGCCGACGACAACGAGGCCGAGGUCGUCGGCUCGGCGGAUAUCGAUCACCUCUCCCGCUUCGCCCCGUUCCGGCGCGCCAGAUCGGAACUCAAGGCCAGCUCGGUGCAGAGUCCAGUGAGCUCGUCUUCAAGGCACACCCACCCGUCCCCGGCAAGGCAGGAUAGCAUGACCCUGCCGCCUCUCAUGGUACCCCCCACCACUGUGCCCGAUACUGCCCAAAGCCAGCGGCGCAAUACGCAAAUGCUGCCCGUCUUGCGACCUGCCUACAGCUCUUUCGUGCCACCCGAUCCUGUGGCCGUGGACCAGAAUUACUAUCCAGUCCAGCCCAUCCAUUCGCAGAUGAUGAGCAUGGUGUCAGACACCAUGGAGGGGCAGCCGACCAUGGACGACUACAUCCGCACAGCAGGUGACAUGGCGGGCUAUUUGACAUGGGACCAUAUGGAGAUCCCAGCGUCGCUGAACUAUGCCAACUUUUUCCCUACUGGGUGA